UUGUCUGGAUUUUCGGGGCUACUUCAUUUCAGGGGUGUGCUUGAGUGUGGGUUAAGCAGUGAGUCUGAAGCCCCUCUGCUUUUCAUCUUCAGUUCUUUUCCGAGUAGUUCCUGAGAAUCAGAGGUGACUAUACCAUGCAGCUCUGUUACAGAGGGGCAGCCUGCUGCUUUGGGUGGGAGCGGAGGUCAGUCCUGCAGUCCUGCAGUUCUGCUCUCUCUGUUCUGAUCUUACUGACCACUAUAUGCACUACUGUGUCAGCUAAUUCUCCAGUGAAGGUGAAUCUUCAUGACUCUGCUACUCUGUCCUGCUCUGAGAGAUGCUCUGGUUUGGUCAGAUGGACUGUGUUCACUAAACCCACUGAUACUCUGGCUGAGUGUGAUCAGACUUCAUGCAGAUCAGUGAAGGAGGGAUAUCAGAUGAUCCAUGAUCAGUACCUGAAGGGGAAUCUCUCUCUCACCAUCAUUGAAGCUGAUUUCACUAAGAGAGGCUGGUACACGUGUGACUGUGAUGGUAAAGACGUCUGUGAUGUGCGUCUACAGAUUGAGCCCUUGAAUACUCCCGUUCAAAUAAAGCGUGGUGAAUCUCUGGUGCUGAAGUUGGACAUAUUAGAUCCAGUGGAGGUGAUUUAUAACAGCACUGAUGUAGCUGGACCAUCCAGUGGUCAGAUAUGUACAGUGGAUGGACGCUCAACACAAUGUAAACCUGAAUAUAAACAGAAAAUGGCAUUCUUCACUGCUCUUGAGCUGAGAGAGGUGAAGCCAUCUGACAGUGGAGAUUACAUUAUAAUGGACAUCAGGAAUGAAGAGGUCAUUCACAUCUACACAGUGACCGUCCAUGAUGACCAGCCAUGUCCAUGCAGAGAUCAGGGAGCUGUUGUGCCAGUGUGGAUGUUUGCUUUGACCAUCAUUGCACUUGUAGUUGUGUGUGUGGUAUCAGUGGUGAUGAUUUUGCUUUGGAGGAUGAAAUAACAGUAGAAGAACCAAAAAGUGUUCUUCUGUUUUUACAAACUUGACCCUGUAACAAUGGCAGAACCCUUUUUGGUGCUAUGUAGAACUAUUUUCAA